AUGGUCAACUUCAAACUCCUCCUCGCUUCGGCUUUGCCACUCACCACCGUCCUUGCCUUCCCUCAAUACGCUGCUGAAAGUCGUGGUCUCAACCUCGCUCACUUUGAGAAGACCGUCGACGAUAUCAUCAAACGCGCCAACAUUCCCCAACUCCAUGCCGAUGCCCGCGAGCGUCGUCGCAACAAACGUGCCCCUACUUUCUCCGAGUCCCAACUGGUUGACAUCACCGGUGUGCAUGCGUUCAAAGCGCCUGGCGCUUCGGACACGCGAGGUCCUUGCCCUGGUCUGAACGUGCUCUCCAAUCAUGGAUGUGAGUGAUCAGGAGUUCACUUUGCGUGAGGUACCCUUGAGCUGAAUCAAGGGGUGUCUCUCCCAACCUUGCAACAGACUUUGCACGCAACGGUAAUACGAACCUCGUUGAAUCCAUCAGUGCUCUUGUCGAAGUUUUCAACAUGGGUGUCGACACUGCCGUAAGCCCUUUGACCAACUCCCGACUGGGUCAAACAUCCCUUCUGACCUCGGUCUCAUUUUCGCCUGCAAUACAGACCGUGCUCGUCGCCUACUCGAUCGCCAUCAUCGGCGACCCCAUCGCUCUGACUUGGAGCAUCGGUCGUUCACCUGACAAGAGUACGCUCCUUCCUGGCAUCCUGUCCGCCCCGGGUGGGAUUGAUCAGUCGCACAAGUAAGUUUCUUCGCUUGCUGGCGCAUUCCAUCUGCGGAAAUCAACACUUGCUAACGCUUCCCGUUUGAUUCGGUGGCUUCACAGCAACUAUGAGAGUGAUGCCUCGGUGACUCGCGGUGAUUCUUUCCUGACCAAUGGCGAUGUCUGGAGUGUCCAGAUCGGUAAGUUUAACUGCGCACCACGUUUCUAGACCUAUAUACAGCAAAACUAACCUCACACUUUUGAUCGAACCCCAUUCAAACUUCACAGACAAGUUCAAGGCGUUGUACAACUUGCAACCGGACCCUGCUACGGCCGAUUACACCCGCGACAUCCUCGUCCAACAUCGCAACUUUACGAUCCAACAAUCCAUCAGCACCAACCCCAACUUUUACUUCGCGUACGUUCUACAUCUGUCCUGGCUCACUUCAUCCCAAACCAGCGCACUGACCAAAGUGCUCCCCCCUUUUAUCCCUUCUCAUAGACCGUGGUCCGGCCUGGUAGUCGCCACCGCGGCGCACAACUUUGUCGCGCACUUUUUCGCGAACCAUUCCGCUUCCCGUCCGGAAGGUUACCUCGAUCAAUCGACCUUGAAAUCCUUCUUCUCCAUCGUCGGUGACACCCCCGAAACGUUUACUUGGGUACCAGGCGAAGAACGUAUCCCUUCGAAUUGGUACAAACCUUCUACGCCUUACACCUUGGUCGACGUCGUUACCGAAGUCGUCGCCGCGAUUCUCGCCGUUCCCGCGGCGGGUAAGAUCGGUGGUAAUACGGGCAAGGUGAAUUCUUUCGUCGGCGUCGACGUCGCCAACGUUACUGGUGGCGUAUUGAACGCUCAAACGUUAUUGGAAGGAAAUAACCUCUUCUGCUUCGCUUAUGCGACAGCUCGAGCGGGAGUUCCAACCAUCUUGGGAGGACUCGUUUCCACUUUGGGUCAGACGCUUGGGUUCUUGGAUUCAAAAUUGGCGGGAAUCUUGCCUCAAUUGGGAUGCCCCCAAUUGGACAAGUUGAACUUGGAUGCGUUUAACCAAUUCCCGGGUCGUGGUUAG